AUGGAAUCACCGUGUUCGUCCGAUUCUCUGUCACAAUCCUCCCCUCCUAGUGGUGUGACGUGUAAGAUCUGUGGGCUCACAGCCCGCGGCUACCACUUUGGAGUCCUUGCUUGCAGAGCUUGUGCCGCGUUUUUCAGGUGAGCACACACAGAUCUAGAAGGUUAAAUGCUAAAAGUUCAGAAGAACAAUAGUGAUGGGUCGUCAGAAGAAGUACAAAUGCCGUGGAAAAACGAGGCAAUUGAAGUGCAUUGUGAGCAGCACGGACCGGUAUCAGUGCAGACUUUGUCGCUAUAACAAGUGUGUCAAAUUCGGAAUGACGCCGGAGAGUGAGUUGGAGGAACACGAUAAUAUUCAUGAUUCCUCUUAAGAUGUACAAUUCAAUCGAGACUCAAUAACCACCACAACCGCAAAGCGAGACGACGGUUCGGUAGUGAAUCCGAGAACUUCUUCACUUGGAAACCGGCGAACGUUGGUGGAUAUGGCGGCGUUGGCGAGUAAAGCCAGAGAGAUUCUCAACGAGAAAUCGCCGGUGAUCGAUGCGGCGACAAGGAAAAAUGAACACGUUGGAGAUUGCGAAUCACGCGCUGAAGAACUGGAGGAAGCUGCAGAAUCGGAGAGCGAAAUGGAGGUGCUGAAAAGAAUGCCGGUGCGGCAGAUGUUUGUGCUGAUGGAGAAGCAGAUGAUAGGCGUGGCCAAGUGGUUGAUCCAGUCUCCAGACUUCAGAAUGCUAGAUUCUGAUGAGAGGGUAAACUCAUCUCAACGUUACUUUCUAAUCACUUGUUCUCUUUUGUAGUAUCAAUACUUCAAAACAGUUUGGAACACGUGGAGAAGGUUCGAAAGGUUUGAAAUGUCGUUGAAACUGUUCGGAGAGUCUGCAGUCAUGAUAAAAGUGAGUUUGCCUUCAGUUCAAGUUUAAGUGACCACCUUUUUUCAGAAAUUUGCACUGUCGAAUAAACAGAUCACCACAAUCGAUUUCGAGAUUGAUUACUCGGAACUAACAGACAGUCCGAACGAUAAAAUCACACAGUACGUUCCGGGGGUUUCACUUCAAACUGAACGAGUUUUUCCAUUCUAGAAUGUUCCGAGAAUCGACCCUCAAGUUAUUCGAUCAGCUGGCCAAACCCCUGUUAGAACUGAAGCCGUCCUCCAUCGAAAUGGCCUACAUGCUCUCGCAAAUGAGCUGGCAGAUUGCAGGUGAGUCCGUCUACCGUACUACUAAUAUUACUGUAUCCUACUUCCCGUUCAGGUAAGCAAAUGCAAGGGAAAGUGAUUGAAAUGAGCGAAAGAGUGAGCGAUGAACUGGCGGAUAACCUCCAUACGUACUACCUGAAAGAGGAACUUCGAUCCAACUACGCCGAUCGGCUGGUCCGACUCAUGAGCGUCGUGAAUUCGGUCAAAAAGUUGUACCUGGAGCGGAAGGAGACGUUGGAAUUGGCACGGCUCUUCGAAGUGUUCAAAGUCGACUUCUCAGAGCCCGAGAUCUUCGAUUCCUAG